AUCAAAGCCUGGGUUAUUCUUAAUGACAAAUAUCGACUUCUUGUCUUCGUAUCCAAACUUUGCCUUCACAAUCCAUAUGCAAAACUUUCAUCUCAUCUCCAUUAAUUCUUCACGAUUCAUUAAAAACUUCCAAACUCUUCUCAUCUGAAUAGAUUGCUCAAACUCAACUUGGUCACGGGCGUCGCAACAUUAUCAAAAUCGCCUUGUACGUCUAGACCUUGCUACCCACUGUCACCUCUGCCAGUUUUUUGGUGUAUUGGCCGACAAUAAAAGCCAUUCAGGAAUUGGUCAAAUUUUGAUGCUAUUUUCAUUUUUUUCUAAUGAGCUAAAAAAAUGGAUAAGAAGAGCGAAAGAUCAAAAGGAUAAGAUGAGCACUUUCAACGACACCUAGACACGCAUGAAUAAGGUCAUGAGACUUGGUAUUAUUGUUAGCCAUAGCCAAACUUCAGCUAUAAUUUUCUAAUUAGAGCAAGGAGUACUUCGGAAAAUGGAGAAACGGGUGGCGAUCAUAGGGGCAGGAACCAGCGGCCUGCUCUCGUGCAAGUACAUGUUGCAGACGGGUUUUAACCCAACUGUUUUUGAAACUAAAGAGAGCGUAGGAGGAUUAUGGACUCAUACUACAGAGUCAACCAAGCUCCAAAAUGCCAAAGAAACCUACCAAUUUUCAGAUUUUCCUUGGUCUUCUUCAGUGCAAGACGUGUUUCCUACUCAUACUCAAGUGCUGAGGUAUCUUGAGUCCUAUGCUCAACACUUUGGCAUCAUUCCUUACAUUAAGUUCAACUCCAAAGUCAUUAACAUAGACUACGUUGGAGAGUCCUAUGAAGAGAUGGAGUCAUGGGAUCAAUGGGGUGGAACCGGAAAGCCUUUUGGCUCUAGAGGGAAAUGGCACAUUCUCGUACAAGACACUAGAUGUUGCUCCACAGAGGUGUACCAAUUUGAGUUUGUGGUUCUUUGUAUUGGAAGAUUCAGUGGUCUCCCAAAUAUACCAGAGUUCCCUCCAGAUCAAGGUCCAGAAGUCUUCAAUGGUAAGGUGAUUCAUUCCAUGGACUACUCUGAUAUGGACAAGGUGAGUGCAGCAGAACUUAUCAGAAGAAAGAGAAUUGUAGUUGUUGGUUCAUUGAAAUCUGCAAUUGACAUUGCAGCAGAAUGCGCAAAUGCAAAUGGAGUUGAGUACCCUUGCACAUUGAUUCAGAGGACUGCUCACUGGUUUCUCCCCAGUGGCUCUUUGUGGGGAGUAAGCCUUGGCUUCUUGUACUUCACUCGCUUUUCGGAGCUGUUGGUUCAUAAGCCUGGUGAAACAUUCCCAUACAAGUUUUUGGCAACCAUACUUUCACCCUUGAGAUGGGGAGUCUCAAAAUUUGCCGAGAGCUAUCUUAGAUGGAAAUCCCCAUUAAAGAAAUAUGGAGUGAUACCUAAACAGAGCUUUCUUCAAGAUUUCGCCUCUUGUCGGAUUGGAAUGCUGCCUGAAAAAUUUUAUGACAAAGUGGAUGAGGGAAGCCUUGUCUUAAAGAAAUCAGAAAGCUUUAGCUUCUAUAAAGAAGGUUUGAUCAUUAAUGGAGAAGAACCUCGGCAGCUAAAAGCAGAUCUUGUAAUUCUAGCCACAGGAUACAAGGGUGACCAAAAGCUUAAAAACAUGUUUAAAUCUCAAACCUUCCAAAAGUACAUUGUUGGUUCAGCAAUAUCAAUAGUUCCUCUCUAUAGGCAGAUUAUUCAUCCUCGGAUUCCACAACUUGCAGUGAUAGGAUAUGCAGAGAGUUACUUCAAUUUGUGUACGUCUGAAAUUAGAUGUCAAUGGCUUGCACAUUUCCUUGAUGGGAAUCUCGAGCUGCCUAGAAUAAGAGACAUGGAGAAGGAAAUCAUAAUGUGGGAAAAUCACAUUAAGCAAUAUGAUGGGAGAUAUUUUCGGAACUCGGGUAUUGCGAGCUCUAAUAUUUGGUACAAUGAUCAGUUGUGCAAAGACAUGGGAUGUAAGCAUAAAAGAAAGAAGGGAAUAUUUGCAGAGUAUUUUCAACCAUAUGGACCGUUGGAUUAUGCAGGUCUCCUCAGUAAACAGCAAGAAAUGAAGAACGGAAAUAAAUAAACAUGUUUGCUGGCUUGAUGAUUCUCAUCCUCUCAUCUUUUUUUAUUUUACUUGUAUUCAAUACCAAACAACUUGCAUAUAUGCUAAGCAAGAAUCUUUCUUUUUGCCCUUUAAAAUUAUGUUCUCCAAACUCAGUCUAUUGUUUAGAUUAAUUACAAAUGGUAUUUGGGUUUCCUUCUGUUUUAA